ACCGACCAACUCCUCUCAGUCCUGACGAACGCUUCCACCCUCACGUGGACCGCUGCGCUGAUGUUCACAGCUCCAGGAUGAGCGGGAACGGGAAACGUCAGCCGGUUGAAAAAUCGUUCCUCGGUUACCCGGGUGACGAGGUUGAUAGAUGCAAGUCAACUCUAUCUCAGUUCUAUGCAACAUGCGUGCAAUGUAUUUUCUUGAUAUCACUGGGGAUGCAGUUCGUGAUGCCGACGAUUGUUCUGGGAGCGCUUCACAACAAAGCUGUGAUCAAUGAUGCCAUGUACUUGGAUGAUGCCGACGCUUCUUGGAUCGGCAGCACGCUGUACAUCUGCCACCCGAUCGGUUCGCUGAUCUCGGGGUUCCUGUCGGAGCGGUUCGGGCGGAAGGGCGGCAUGAUGCUGGUCAACAUUCCGUUCAUCGGCGGCUGGGUCCUGCUCUACUGCGCCACCUCCGUGCGGGGGCUCUACGUGGCCACUCUGACGAUGGGUCUGGGCAUGGGCUUCUGCGAGGCUCCCAUCGCCGCUUACCUCGGUGAGACCAGCGAGCCCCGGCUCAGGAGUAUCUUCACCACCAUGACCACGGCAGCCUGCAACCUCGGCGUCCUCAUUGAACUCGCUAUCGGCUCCUCGCUCGACUGGCGCACCUCCACCCUCGUCAGCUCCUUCGUCCCGGUCUUCUCCUUCGUCCUCUUCUUCACGAUCCCAGAAUCGCCAGUAUGGCUGAUCACGAAAGGGCGCAUGAAGGACGCUCAAAAGUCGCUGGCCUGGCUGAGGGGUUUUGCUAAACCUCAUCAAGUCCAAAAUGAGUUUGACGAGUUGGUGAGAUACACGAAGAUGUCGUAUGCGUUGGGCAACUCUCAAGGAAAUCCAGAGGAAAAAGCUCCACUCGACAAUAAAAACAACACAAGCAAGCACGUAGAGGAAGAUUCCGAUGGUUGGCUGAAAACUCGAUACAAGGAGAUCACAAAUCCGAAGCUGUACAUGCCUCUAAAAUUUGUAAUGUUCUCUUUCUUCUGGGCGCAAUGUGCGUGUCUCAUCCCUUUCAGAUCCUACAUGAUCGGGAUUCUGGAGAAUUUCUGGUUCCCUGUCGACCGCAAGUGGAUUUUGAUCAUGACUGGAGUGGUAGCUUUCAUCGGCUCGGUGGUGCCCAUGUUCAUAAUUCAAUACACAGGGAAACGAAAACUGGGUCUCUCGUGUAUGUUCGUUGCUACUGCCUCGAUUCUGUGCCUGGGAGUCUUCGCCUCAUUCUACACUCACACCGAGAACCUGGUCGUCGCGUGGCUCCUCAUCGUUGACUUGGCUGUCGUUCAUUUCGUCGGAUUCCUAGGCAUUAUAAAUGUCUCCUGGAUGCUCGUCUGCGAGAUCUUCCCCGUCCGAGCCAGAGGAAUUGCAACUGGUAUCUCGACGGGAUGGUCCUGCUUCAUCGCGUUCUUGCUGACCAAGGGUUUCCUAUGGAUGGAGAGCAUGGUUGGGCUCAGUGGACUCUUCUACAUGUACGGAGUUCUCAGUUUCCUCGGGUGCAUCUACUACUAUUUCAACUUGCCGGAAACGGAAGGAAAAACCCUCGAGAGGAUAGAGACUUACUUCACGUCAAACCACGACAAGAAGGAGAAAUAUAGCAUGCCGUCUCGCAGUGCGUCCAAAGCCUGAUUCUCGAGUUUCUUUCGACAGAAAGGCUCUGAUGGAGCCAGACAGUUGGAACGAGAGCGUCUUUUGACCAUCAACUGGUCGAGUCGUCUGACUGAAAUUGGUGGACAGUGUCUGUUGAGUGAUGAAGAAUCGAUAGCUGAAGUGGACGUAUUUAUGCUAAAAGGAACUAAGCGCCUUUGAGUGUCUACUCAUAAGCACACUGAAAAAAAAAUAUUGCUGAAAUUGCCGUGCACGCGG